AUAAAUUCCUCAACGCACGAAUCAUUUCUCCCUAUUUCGUCGUCUCUCUACUCGCGUUCUCGUACGCAACGACACGCCGUACAUGCGGCCGCAUACUCGCCGAUAAAUCGCCGGAAAAGCUCCCGAGAAAAUCAAUCGGCGGCGGAUUUGGUCCGGGAGUCCUAGGGUUCCGGCGAGUCGUUGAGAUUGUGCGUGUCUUUGUGUGUGGGGUUUAAUGGCGUCGGAAGACGUGAAGAGGACGAGCGAGACUGCGGUAUCGACGAUCGUGAACCUGGCGGAGGAAGCGAAGCUCGCGAGCGAAGGAGUGAAGGCGCCGACGAGCCAUGCCUUACUGAGCAUCGCCAAGUCUCUCGUCGCUGGUGGAGUCGCCGGAGGAGUGUCACGAACUGCUGUUGCUCCAUUGGAAAGAUUAAAAAUUUUGCUGCAGGUUCAAAAUCCUCAUAGCAUUAAAUACAGUGGGACAAUUCAGGGCUUGAAGUAUAUAUGGAGAACCGAGGGUCUCAGAGGCUUGUUUAAAGGCAAUGGAACUAAUUGUGCUCGCAUAGUCCCAAAUUCAGCAGUCAAAUUCUUUAGCUAUGAGGAAGCUUCUAAGGGUAUUCUAUGGUUCUACCGACAGCAAACUGGCAAUGAAGAUGCUCAACUCACACCUCUUUUACGCCUUGGAGCUGGUGCUUGUGCUGGAAUUAUUGCCAUGUCAGCAACUUACCCUAUGGACAUGGUACGGGGUCGUCUAACUGUCCAGACAGAAAUGUCUCCUCGGCAGUAUAGGGGAAUCGCUCAUGCUCUUUCAACCGUUUUUCGGGAAGAAGGCCCCCGGGCUCUGUACAGAGGCUGGCUACCUUCUGUCAUAGGAGUUGUACCUUAUGUUGGUCUCAAUUUUGCUGUUUAUGAAUCUCUGAAAGACUGGUUGAUCAAAACUAGACCUUUUGGUUUAGUUGAGGACUCUGAGUUGAGUGUAACAACAAGGCUUGCAUGUGGGGCCGCUGCUGGAACUGUUGGCCAGACAGUUGCUUACCCUCUUGAUGUCAUCCGGAGAAGGAUGCAGAUGGUAGGCUGGAAGAAUGCUGCUUCAGUUGUCGUUGGUGAUGGGAAGAGCAAGGCACCCCUCGAAUAUACUGGAAUGGUUGAUGCAUUCAGGAAAACAGUCCGUCAUGAGGGGUUUGGAGCACUGUACAAGGGUUUGGUCCCUAAUUCUGUUAAGGUGGUGCCGUCCAUAGCAAUUGCGUUUGUCACAUACGAGGUAGUGAAGGACGUUCUUGGAGUUGAGAUGAGGAUAUCUGACUAAAAGCAAAGAGAAACUUGAGUUGAGCCACAUGUUUAGCUUUUGCUCGUAAUUUCAGAAGUGAAACGAUUAGUGGACUGCUAGGAGAAGGUAAAAUGUCAGGAUUUUUUAAUAAGUAGCAGGAAGUUUAGAAAUAGCCCUAUCCUAUGUUGAUACUCCUUCCCAUCCCAUCAAUACACAUAUCUGUCGCCUGUAGUUUUAGCUAUCCUAUUAUUCUUAUGCUCUUGGCAUUGUGACAAUAAGUCUUUUGUUUCAAGGAAACGAUGCAUUUUAUUUC